CACAGCAAGAAACUCAUCGACAUGGCCUGCAAGCUGAUCGUCCUCGCCGCCUUCGUGGCCGUCGCCCGUGCCGGCUACCUGGGAGCCCCCGCCGUGGUCGCCCCCGGCCCAGCCAUCGCCGCCCGCGCUUACGCCGCCCCCGUGGCCUAUGCCGCCCCCGCACUCCACGCUGCUCCCGUGGCGUACGCCGCCCCCGCACUGCGCGCCGCCCCCUUGGCCGUCGCCCCCGCCGUGAGAGCCGCCCCCGUCGCAGUCGCCGCCCCCGCCGCAGUCGCCGCCGAGUACGACCCCAACCCCCAGUACAGCUACGCUUACAGCGUGCAGGACGCCCUCACCGGUGACUCCAAGAACCAGCAGGAGAGCCGCAGCGGUGACGUCGUCCAGGGCAGCUACAGCCUGGUCGAGCCCGACGGUUCCAUCCGCACCGUCGACUACACCGCUGACCCCGUCAACGGCUUCAACGCCGUCGUGCACAAGGAGGCCGGCGCCCACCCCGCCCCCGUCGUCACCAAGGUGGCCGCCCCCGUCGCCUACGCCGCCCCCGCCGUCGCUAAGAUCGCCGCCCCUGUGGCCUACGCCGCCCCGGCCAUUGCUAAGUACGCUGCUCCCCUUGCCUAUGGCAAGGAUUCUGAUGACGGGAGGAAUGAUAACAGUGUUCUGUUUCUUUUGCAGUUGAUCAUUCUGUCCGCGGUGGCGGCCAUCGCAAGCGCCGGCUACUUGGGCGCCCCCGCCGUCUACGCUCCCGGUGCACCUCUGGCUGCCCGAGGAUACGCCGCCCCCGCCUACGCCGCCCCCAUCGCCCGCUACGCCGCCCCCGUCGCCAGGGCCUACGCCCCAGCUGUCGCUGCUGCCCCCGCCGCCGUCGAGUACGACCCGCACCCACAGUACAGCUUCGCGUACAACGUGCAGGACGCCCACACUGGAGACUCGAAAGCCCAGCACGAGAGUCGCAGCGGAGACGUCGUCCAGGGCAGCUACAGCCUGGCCGAACCCGAUGGCUCCAUCCGCGUUGUCGACUACACGGCUGACCCCGUCAACGGCUUCAACGCCGUCGUGCACAAGGAGGCCGGCGCCCACCCCGCCGUAGCCGCCCCCGUGGCCGUCGCCCACGCCCCCGUGGCCGUCGCCGCUCCCGCCAGGGCUUACGCCGCUCCCAUCGCCAGGGCUGCCUACGCCGCCCCCCUCGCUAGGGCCGCCUAUGCCCCCGCCCUGGCCUAUGGCGGUGCUUACCAUGGUUAACGACUGACAUGGACCAACCAACCUCUCAUUCUCAUUUUGUACAAAUUUUGUAUCCACUAAUGAACAUCAAAAUAAUAUUCAUCUAAACAA